AUGAAAAAGGCUCAGUCACUUCAACGAAAUGCUUCCCAUUACUGUUUGGUUCAUGGAAACCUGUAUCGAAAGAUGUUCGGAGCUUACCACCCUGUGGCUAAUGGACAAGCCAAAUCAACAAACAAAGUUAUUAUUAAAAACCUGGAGAAAAGAUUAGAGGAGUCAAAAGGUAAGUGGCCUGAAGUGUUACCAGGAGUCUUAUGGGCUUAUCGAACGAUAACAAAAAUAGGUACGGGAGAGACUCCAUUCUCACUUGUUUAUGGUGUUGAAGCCUUAAUCCCAGUUGAAAUAGGUGAACCAAGCACAAGAUAUACACAAGCAACUGAGGAAUCAAAAGAGGAUGAAAUGCGAAUAAAUCUUGAUUUGCUUGAAGAAAGGAGAGAAACGGCUCUAAUAGGAAUGGUAGCUCAGAAACAAUUUAUUGAGCGAUACUACAACCAAAAAGCUCAUAUUAGAUACUUCAAGAUUGGGGGCUUCGUCCUCAAAAAGGUUUUUCAAUCAACAAAAGCAGCAAAUGUAGGGAAUGGACCAAAGGAAGAAACAAUCCAGUGGGACUAUAUAUAUACGAAGAGGUAA